UAUGAACUUACAUAUUAAUCUAUGCAACAUACGCUUAAAAUAAUUAUUCUGUGCUAUCUUCCAAAAUUAACCUUUUCGUUUGUUUUCUUACGUAUGUAUUCUGGAUAUACAAAACAGACUUCUAUUAUCAUAACUGAUUCAUGGUGAUAGUCUAAUAUAGUGUUUACUUAAAAAAUAAAAUGGAAGGUCCGCCAGGAACAGGGCCGCCCAAUAAUAAUGGAUCUAUGGGACCCCCGCCGGGUAUGCCUAACUUUCCACCGAUGCCGCCUCCUCCGGGAGCUAUGGGACCGGGGGGCAUGCCACCGCCACCAAUGGGUCCACCGGGUGCAAUGCCACCGGCCACAACCUCUGGUGGGCCGCCUAAUAUGCCACCUCCGGGUAUGGGUCCACCGCCAGGGAUGAUGGGAAUGGGUCCACCUGGUAUGGGUCCGCCACCUCCCGGUAUGGGACCUCCCCCUCCUGGCAUGGGUCCACCACCUCCCGGUAUGGGUCCCCCACCUCCUGGUAUGGGACCGCCACCUCCCGGAAUGGGUCCCCCACCUCCAGGCAUGGGUAUGGGGCCACCAAUGGGUCCACCUGGCAUGGGACAGAGAAUGCCACCGAAUAUGAUGCGUGGUGGGCCUAAUUUAAAAGGAAAUUUUAGCAACCAAGGAAUGGAUAUGGGUCCCCCUGGUAUGGGCCCUCCACCAAAUAUGCCUAUGGGUCCAUGGGAAGGCCAAGGUCCACCUGGAUGGGGCAGACAGGGUCAUGAUGGACCUCCAGGUUGGGACGAUCAUGGAGAAGAGCCUGAGGAGGAUGAAGGAGAUAACGAAGAUGUUGGACCGGCACAAGGACCACCCUCGUCUCUUCCUUCAUUACUGACUAUGAAAAUUGACACACCAGAAGAAUUUCGAAAUAAGCCAGCUCCCCCAGGAGGAGUUGUAUUGCCUAAAGCUUUAGAAGAAGCCCUUGCAUAUAAAGAUCAAAGACAAGCUGCUCUAGGGGAUGAGAGCCAACCUCAAGAUGAAGAUGAAGACACCCAACCAGAAGCCCCACCAGCACCGGUAAUCAGCAGGGAGUAUGAUGCAGAGGAAGAUGAUGCAGACUCUGAUGAUGAUAAUGUACCUGCUGCCCCACAGCCACCAAUUAUUUCAAAACAGGAGACACAAUUGAACAAAGCAAAUAAAAAUAAGAGAAAGAAGAAAAAGAAGAAGGCGGCUAAGCUGAAAAGAAAAGAAGAUGCUAAAAAGAAAGAUGCUGACAGUGGUACAACAAGCCAAGAUGAGGCCAAGAAGAGUAGUGACAAAGAAAAUAAUAAAGAAGCUGAUAUUGAAUAUGUACAAGAAAAUAUUCAGUUCCAUGAACUAGAGCCAAUGUACCGUCAAUUCCAUCGAAUCCUUGAAGCUUUCAAAAUAACAGAGAAGAAGGAAGAAAUAAAAGAAGAAAAAGAUGCACCAAAACCAUCAACUAAGCCCCAGGAGAAAGUUCAAGAUCAGUUUGCUGUAGACGAAGAAGCUGUAGAGAAAAAUGCUGCAGAUGAAAAAGAACGCAUGUCAAAACGCAAACUAAAGAAGUUAUCGCGGCUGUCAGUUGCGGAAUUGAAGCAGCUGGUGUCACGGCCAGACGUUGUAGAGAUGUAUGACGUAACAGCACGAGAUCCCAAGUUACUUGUCCAGCUGAAGGCCCACAGGAAUACUGUCCAAGUACCUCGACAUUGGUGCUACAAACGGAAGUAUCUGCAAGGAAAGCGUGGUAUAGAAAAGCCUCCGUUUGACCUACCAGACUUCAUUAAGAAGACGGGUAUUAUGGAAAUGCGAGCAUCGCUACAAGACAAAGAGGAAACAAAGACACUAAAAGCAAAAAUGCGCGAACGUUCACGGCCCAAGCUUGGCAAGAUCGAUAUUGAUUACCAGAAGCUGCAUGAUGCAUUCUUCAAAUGGCAAACCAAACCUCGUAUGACCAUUCACGGCGACCUUUACUACGAGGGUAAGGAGUUCGAAACUCGACUGCGAGAGAAGAAACCCGGAGAUCUAUCUGAGGAAUUAAGGACUGCACUUGGUAUGCCCGUCGGCCCUGGCUCUCAUAAGGUUCCACCGCCAUGGUUGAUCGCUCAACAAAGAUACGGCCCUCCGCCGUCGUACCCUAACCUGAAGAUUCCCGGUCUGAACGCGCCAAUACCUGAAGGCUGUGCAUUCGGAUACCACGCUGGUGGUUGGGGCAAGCCACCUGUGGAUGAAACUGGAAAACCGCUAUAUGGGGAUGUAUUUGGUCACCAGAAUAGCGGUCAAGAUGAUGCAGAAGACCAAGAUAUCGACAGGUCGAUGUGGGGAGAAUUGGAGUCUGAAUCUGAAGAGGAAUCAGAGGAAGGUAUGCUCACGUCAGUAAAUAAUAUGCCGGAGUUUAUGGGGACAAAAUGUAACGGCUGUGAAGCCGUCAUAUACGACAUAUCUUUUAUGGAGUGUUCAGUGGACGAGUGCAAAAAAUUGUAUCACCUGAAAUGUUUGGCCAUGACAGUGGAGUCGUUUGAAGCUCUUACAGAAGAAUACAAGAAGCAGUGGGUAUGUCCUGAAUGUGUUUGCACUAACCCUAAACGAGAUAACUCAGAUACGCCUGUCCGGAGUAAUUUAUUGCUGAACAAAACAUUUACACCAGCAAACAAUUAUAUAAACACAGAACGCGGUAAUCGUGUGCGACUGAGUGAGGUAUCCAUGAUGGUUAAUGACACUAAAAUAUUAGAAGAACUACGUGAGUACAGCAUACAAAUCUUAUCUCGCUUAGAUAAUCAAAUGAAAGCAUAUAAUCAACUUCAAGAUCGGUUUUGUAAAACAGAAAUGGAAUUGCAAGAAUUAAGAAAAAGUAUGGCGGUAGUUCAAGAAAAAGCUAACAAAGUUGAGGUAUUAGAAGAACAGAUAUUAUUAUUAAAAAAGAAUAACGAAUGUCUGGAAACGGGUUUACAUAACACCAAGAGGAACGAAAAUGCGUCAAUUAAAACGUCUAAUAUAAAUAAGAACUCGAUAUCAUAUGCAAGUGUACUGACACAAAACCAACCACAGGCAGAAGGUGCGAAUGAAUCGGCACGAGUGCAUUUGGAGGCACUAAAUCUAGCCGACGUUCGAUCAGGAGUGAGUCAAGGAGAGACGUUGGGUCCCCUCGAAUUCACUAUUAUGAUCAAUGAUCUGCCGAAGGUUGUUCAUCAUUCCGGAUGUCUCCUGUUCGCUGAUGAUUUAAAGCUCUUUCUCACAGUUGGAUCUGCUGCUGAUUGCAAGCGGUCGGCUGCGGGCGCCGGUGCGGGUCCGACGGCCGGCACUGCCAGCGAGGGCCCAAUAGCCGGCGGCGCGGGUGCGGCCGGCGUAGACGUGGCUCUCGACCCGUCCGAGCUGGAGCUGGAGCCCGAGGCGGUGGCGGCGCGCUACGAGCGGCACCUGCGUGAACACCGCCCGCGCGGCCGCGAGGACCUCUCCGACAUGUUGGCUGACCACGUCGCCAGGCAGAAGAAUAAGAGGAAACGACAGCAGAAUACAGAUUCAAAACAGGCCAAGAAAUACAAAGAAUUUAAAUUUUAAUUGUGAUACAAGUAUUUGUAUAAUUAUAUUAUUGUUUGCUAUAAUAAUUACUUCAAUAAUGAUGUGUAACAAGAGAUAACACAAUCCCGACCUAGAAAGGCUAGUAUCCUUAUUAUAUAAUUUUCUACAAUCAACAAAAAUAUUAUUGUCAUGAAGGACAAGAGAUAGUUUCUUUUUCAUUGAUUAUAAAAGAAUGGUGAGUGGAAGUCCACCUGACGUUGUAUAUUGCUAGCACUAGCCCCAUUUCUAAUGACCAUCUUCUGCCCCCUCGGGAAGAGAUGUUAUGAAAUACAAAUAUAGAAUGGUUCUAUUGUUUUAUAGUUAGCUAUGUAUAAUUCUGAUGUAACUGCAAAUGUUAUAAUAAUAGAUCUUAAUUUGUUAAUUCUAAGAAUCAAUGUGAAUGUAAAAUAAUGUUUGCACCACCAAAAAACAUUUUCUAUUACACAUACUCAAAUUAUUAUUAUUGAAAUGCAGCAUAUUGCGUAAACUAUUAUUCUACAAGAAUAUGAAUUGUUUAUCUAUCUGUUUUAAUAUAAUAAUAAUGGUAGAUACUGAUAAAACUUAACUUACACAUUUUAAGAGCACUGUGGUGAAAUGAAAAUAUUCUUCAUCUGCAUUUUUCUAUAAUAAGAAAUGUUCUGAGCAUUCUUUAGUUGUGUAAGUAGAAGAUUUAAUGAACUCCUAAUAAUAAAAGAAUUA